AUGUGGGACGACGAGGAGGACAACAACCCAUAUGGCUCCUUUGCGCAGAGGGAGCCAGCCCCGUUGCCUACCCAUCCAGACUCGCCAGAGGGUACGAACUCAGCUGUGGCUACCUACAAUGCCUUCGAUAACGCUAAUAUGUCUCCAGAGGCGUUCCAUACCCAUGGUACCCCGCCUUCGUCAUCUCCAGAAGCGCAACAGGAACCGCCGGACUACGGGUCGCAUUCACUCAGUGAUGUCGAUUACAAUGAUACGGAGGCCGGCAGGGAUCCCAUCGAACCGAAAAAGGGUGGGUAUGACAGUCGAAUCGAGCAGAUCCUAUACGAGAAUCCCAACCUACCGAUCAUAAUCACCACCGCAGGCAAGAACGUGGAGAGCGGAGGCAGCUAUAUUGCGUACGCAAUUCGUACCGGCGACCUCGAAGUUCGAAGAAGAUACUCCGAGUUCGCUUCCUUGCGACAAACGAUUGUCAACCUUCAUCCGACCCUGAUCAUUCCUCCCAUCCCCGAGAAGCACAGUAUGGCGGACUAUGCAGCGAAGCCGACCAAAGCGAAAGAGGAUGCGGGGAUCAUUGAGCUCCGGAAACGGAUGCUUUCGGUGUUUCUGAACCGCUGUAGGCGGAUGAAAGAGGUCCGGGAAGACGGAGUGUGGUGGCGGUUUCUAGACCCGAACGCCAGCUGGCUGAUUGAUUUACUACAGUCCGAAGUUAUGCGAACGCCUCCUGUCUCUAAUCUUCCGAAAAACAUCCUGAAAUCGCCGCCGUUGGACGCAGCAAACCCCAGUCCAGGCCACAACUACCUUCCCAUUCCAUCCGUAUCGGCCAAGCUGAGGGUGUCCGGCUCAAAUGCAAACACAGGCACGCCCACCUCGCCCUCAUCGUAUGACGAGCAACCGUCAACAGUAGCUCAUACAAUUCCAGGUCCACAAGUCGGUCGGUUUCCUCCGUCAUCUCAGAACCUCUCCGAGGAGGAGCUAGAUCCAUACUUUGUCAAUUUCGAGGCUUCCUCGAAGGAGUUGGAAUUGCUGUUACAGGGUAGCAUGGAGAAGGUCAAUCGUCGGACACUCGCGCAUUACUCGUCGCUGGCCGACGACAUGGCCGAGCUGGGUGCCCGAUACAAUGCGUUUUCUCUGUCGGAGCAAUCACAGGGCCUCGCCGUAGCGAUCGAGAAGGUCGGUCAGGCGGCCGAUGCAACGUUCGUUGCGACCACCGAGCUUAGCUCUUCGCUGAGCGCCGAGUUUGCCGAGCCAAUGCGAGAGAGCGCACAAUUCGCGGGUGUAGUUCGGAACGUGCUGAGGUACCGGGUGCUCAAACGGAUCCAGCAAGAGAUGACGCGCGAUGAGCUGGAGAAAAAGCGGCUUCAUCUCGAUAAUCUAGAACGAAGCGAAAUGGAAUCUCAGCGACUGAAUCACUACCUCGAAGGGGCGGGACCGUCUUCUGGGACGCGACAAAAGCGGUCAUUUUCGUCCGGUAGCGCAUCCAGCCGCGGGAGGACGGACAAUGCGGAGACGGCGUCCAUCGACUCCGAUUUUCCUCCCACGCAUGGCGACUCGCCGCCAACCUCAAGGCAAGGUGGGCCGCAAGGGAACGAGUCCCCGGCACAUCGGAAGAGUCAAAGCGGAGGGUUCAUGGCGAGUACAUUCGGCCGCAUCGGGCAUGCUUGGCAAGGGUUCACGGAUGCAAAUCCGGAGAGGAACCGGAGAGACCAGAUUGGGAAGACGAAGGAGUCCUUGGUGCAGGCGAGUGCAUCGAAUUCCGGAAAAUGGUUCUUCUCGCUAACCGUUAUAAAGCUCGAACAAGCUCUCGUCGUCUCGGAGAAAGAUGUGGGGGAUGCCAGUUCUGGGGUAUUAAAGGACUUGAAGCGGUUCCAAUCUGAGAAGGAAGAAGACUUGAAAAGAUAUAUGACUAAUCGUUUUCCGCAGAUCGCUUUCGCGAGAUGUCACAUUGACUGGGCGAGACGCAGUCAGGCUGCCUGGGAGCAGGCCAAAAACGAGGUGGAGAACAUCGAGGUGACCGAGGGGGGAUGA